CGGAGUAAGCGACGAGGGGACGUCGCGUCACCGCGCCGGGUCUCGAGCAGCUGCCGCGGAGCCGCCGGACGGACCGCCGCCCCCGCCUGCCGCGCCAUGGCCGAGAGCGACUGGGACACCGUGACGGUGCUGCGUAAGAAGGGCCCCACGGCCGCGCAGGCCAAAUCCAAGCAGGCCAUCUUAGCGGCUCAGAGACGGGGAGAAGAUGUGGAGACUUCCAAGAAAUGGGCUGCUGGCCAGAACAAACAGCAUUCAAUCACCAAGAACACAGCUAAGCUGGACCGGGAGACAGAGGAACUGCACCAUGACAGGGUGACUCUGGAAGUGGGCAAAGUGAUCCAGCAGGGCCGGCAGAGCAAGGGGCUCACACAGAAGGACCUGGCCACGGGCCUCAAGCUCCGGGGGAAGGACAUUGGAAAGCCUAUCGAGAAGGGGCCCAGGGCAAAAUGAACACAAAGCCUCGAAAUCAGUGCGUUCCGGCUGAUCUCGUCUGGCUGGUUCCCCUCGACCACCAGUAUCUACGUGGGCCUCCUUGCGCGGCUGAGCGGAACACGGGGUCAGGCUUGCCAAGCCCCUCCCCAACCCACACCUGCUGUAAAACAAACAAAACCUUGCAAACUA